UGAUUCAUACAAAUUUAUAACUUUUUAUUCAAAUUCAUCUAAUGAGAAAUGAAUUUAUUAAAUAAUAAUUAGUUACAAAAUAUAACUUUUUGAGUUUAAUUCAUGAAGCGCACUUCACGUUCAACUUUAUUAAUGUAAAUCAGGAAUACUGUCAAAUGGCAUUUCAGUUUUGCAUUCAAGAAGGCUGUAAGGACACUUAUACCUGGCCUUUUCAUUUGUUUCUUGCCUUAAUUUGUCAGCAGCUAAGCAACGUCUAUGCAAACGAUGCCCACAGGUUAAGGUAUAUAUCUGUGGAUGUAUACUGUAGAUAUAUGUGGUGUUCUUAUCAAACUUCUCCUUACAAACACAACAUCUGGAACAUAAUGUUUCAGUCGAUAAUGAAGGAGGAAUCGGCUUAUAACAUCUUAGACAUGAGUAAUUCUUUAUUUCAGAAACUGGACAGCGAAUAAGUUUUUCAUAUAAACAAGAAUCGUGUACUGCAUGACCACAUAAAAUAGCGAUGAUGGGAGAUGAAUCUUUUAGACAUAUGAAGCACCUAUUUAGGCUUUUCUUCUUUUUAUCUUCUUCGCAGGAAAGAGGAGUAUCAUUAUUUUUAGAGAUGUUAAAAAUGAAUAAAAACAGUCCUACUCCAAUCCCAGCAAUUAUUGUAGCAGCAAAGGUUGCCGGAUUAGACAUUUCAGAAAUCCCACUUAAUCUAAAUUACAUCAAUAAUGGUGUAUAAAUAGUUAACUGUAGAUAAUAUAUUAAGGAAGUUAGUUGCUUUUCCAAUUAAAUCCUUAAAUCGGU